GGCAAGUCCGUCAAAUCAUAAAUCUACGUUUCACGUAUAGGCUGACACAAUUUUGUUGCAAUAUAAUUUUACAAUUUUCUAUUAAAAUAAUAUGGAUGGUGUUUACGAAGAUAACUAUGUGUCAGCUAUCUUUUUUGAUUUAGAUAAUACUUUGAUACAAACAAGAGAGGGUGACGCAAAAGCUUGCAAAAAGCUAGUGGAGAUUUUGCAUCGGGAAUAUGGCGUUCCCCAUGACGUGGCGUCCGAGAGCGCGGCCAUGUUUCUGCGCGCUUUUCGCGCGCGCCCCGACGAUGAAUCCUAUGCAAUACAGGAGUGGCCGGCUCAUUUGUGGCGCAAUUGUCUGCCAAAGAACUAUAGACAUAUCGCUAAAAAUAUAUCUGCCGAGUGGUUAAGAUUGCGAUUUAAAUAUUUAGCUCUUUCGCCAGAUGUUAUACAUCUCUUGGAAACUUUAAGGGAGGAUUAUCUUCUCGGUCUUAUCACAAAUGGGCCAUCGCGAGCUCAGUGGCAGAAGAUCGAUAGGCUCGGCCUGCGCAAGUACUUCGACUGUGUGCUGGUGUCCGGGGACCUGCCCUGGGAGAAGCCGGACCAGAACAUCUUUCUGGAGGCUUGCAAACUGCUGAACGUCGAGGCGCGCUCCUGCAUCAUGGUUGGGGAUAAACUGGAGACUGAUAUAAAGGGAGGUAAAGAUGCAGACCUACUCAGCACAGUUUGGGUGCCCCUGUACACCGACGACUCGGAAUCGGACCUUCCGGAUUUCACGAUACAAAAAGUUACGGAGUUACCUGAAGUCUUGCCAAAUUCACCAAAAUUCAAACGCUCAGUACCUAAAGCUACAUGCUAAUUUGAACUAUAAAUUUAGGGCCGGUUUCACAACUCCGUUAUAUGUUGUAUUUAAAAGUUAAAUGACAAAUAAUGUAUGAGAAUUCGCUACAUUAUCAACAAGCCGUGACACCGGCCCUCUAUAUACUAUCAAUCUAUAAGAUAAAAGUAUUGAAAACAUGAUGAACUUAAAAUUCACUUAGUCAAUUAUUUACCAAUUACUUACUGGGGUUAGUGUUAUUUAUUUUAAACAUUACUUAAUAUGUACCUUACAAGUCUUUAAAUGGCCAAAAUACGAUGCUUAUAUUUCUUUGAUUUCAUUUGGAGUUUGUGCCAAUUUUUUAACUUGUUAAUUAUGAAUGUGUUGUAUUAUUUUUUUUUUAAUCUUCUGUGGAUAAUACAAAUGUAUUAUCUCCUUGAUAUCAAAAUAAAAAUAAAGAAAUAUUUUACGUGCAAUUUACACAUGUAAAGAAAAAAUAAAUGGUUUGU